CUCCCCUCAUUGAAGGCGUGGUUCUCAACAGUAGCUCGCCACGGCAUAGACAUCAGUACCCAACUGACAUUCGGACGUUCCAAAUACAAAAAUUCAAAAAUCGCGCUGUGCCAGUGAAGUGUAGUGAUGGAAUCGGAAAUCAGCAAGAUGCAAACGAAAAUUCCUUCGAAAAACUUCUCGAUUGAAUCGAUUGUUGGUCUAAACGAUCGUCGGUCCCCCGAAAUCGAUAUCGAGAACAGUAUAUCCCAGGACUAUUCUGGUACUAACGAGCAUUCUGAAGACGAAGAAUUGAAAGUUAGAGAUGGGAAAAUGAGUUACUAUUUUCAGCAGAAUCGAGUGGCGAAUUUUCCGUUUUUCAUGAGUUAUGAUAAGAGGAUGGGAGGCUUUCAGGCUGAACAAGGUCAGCAAGAAGAACUGAAAAGGGCAAGUCCUGGGAGCGUGAGGAGUGAGGUGGAUAGCGAUGGCGUUGAUGACAGGCCACACGAGUCUCUCAGUCCACAGUCAGAGCAGAUGACAAACUCCAACCAAACGGCGCCAGACCCCAAUAUCAGGAGAUACCGCACAGCCUUCACGAGGGAGCAGCUCGCCAGAUUAGAGAAGGAGUUCAUGAAAGAGAACUACGUGUCACGACCACGACGAUGCGAGUUAGCAGCACAGCUACAGUUGCCCGAAUCCACUAUCAAGGUAUGGUUCCAAAACCGCAGAAUGAAGGACAAAAGACAACGCAUUGCCGUCGCCUGGCCCUACGCGGCAGUCUACAGCGACCCAGCCUUCGCCGCUUCAAUCCUCCAAGCCGCCGCGUCAUCCGUAGGCCUACCUUACGGCUACCCCUCCCCCGCACUAAUACCUCCCUUCCACAACCCCCAGCUUCUACCCGCGGGCUACCCUUACCCCUACCCUACAUACCCCCGUUACCCCUACAUUCCCCCUACGCCCCCUUCCCCCGUCAACGCAGAAGCGACAUCGCUAAGGCCCGCGUAUUCGAAUUUCAACUUAAACGUUGAUAAAUAAUUUGCGCCGUAUUUUUCGACGGAAAAUUUUGAUUUUAGAAUGUCAAGGAAAAUUCUUUUUUUGUGACACGAGGGCUGAGAAAAUAGUUUUGCUCCUCAAAAAAGGUACGAUACCAUUUUAGGGUUGACAGUUGUAAAUAUUUUUUUAUUAGAUACUUAGUCUAUUUAUUGAAUGCUGGUCAUACCUGUGAACGACUGAAUGAAUGAAAUGAAUGAUUUUGUAAGUUUAAUUUAAAAAGACGUUUAAUUGUAUUGUACAGUUAUUUAAAUAAGUUUUGGUGAUUAUCCAUUCCAUGUUUUUUGCUCCAAAAUUAGUAAUUUUUGUCUUUAUUUAGGUUUAGAGAUACUAAACUCAUUUUAAGAACAUUUUUCCAA